UACCAACGCACUGCAUCUUAUACAACGAAUACAGUUUUAUUUAUUUAUUACAAUUUAUUGUGUGUUAUUGGCUUCCUACAGUAUAUUACAUGUUAAACAUUAAAUUUUUUAGGAGUAUAACAAACGUAGUGAGUUCGAAGUGUUUGUUUGGGAAUAGAAAGCUAAAUAUACUGAAGAGAAGUGUUGGUAACUUGCAACGUAAAUUAUCAAAUAAUUUUCUUUUAUCGCGGAGUGGAAUUGAUAUAUAUCGGUUGUUGACAAGGCGGCGUAUCAGUUGUCUAUCUCCAGUAAAUAUGGCGACUGCUAUAACGUGCUGGUCGAUGGGCCCUGGUACUUAUGAAGUACCAUUAAGUUUGUUUGCAAAGAAUCGUCAGCGCCUGGCCAGCCAGCUCAAAAGUGGCCAAAUAGUGGUGCUACAAGGUGGAGAGGAUAUCAGUUUAUACGAUACCGAUGUGCAAUAUGUGUUCAGACAGGAAUCCUACUUCACAUGGGCGUGCGGCGUUCGCGAGCCCGGGUGCUACUUCGCCCUGGACGUGUCCACGGGUAAGGCCCAUCUCUUCGUGCCCCUCCUGCCUGCGGAGUAUGAGGUCUGGAUGGGCAAGUUGCUCACCUUAGACGACUUCAAGAACAUCUAUGGCGUCGAUGAAGUUCAUUAUGUUACUCAGAUCCGAGAUGUACUGAAAAAGUUAAAUCCAGAAAGUUUACUGACAUUGAGCGGGCCCAAUACUGACAGCGGUUUGACUGCCAAAGAAGCGGUCUUCGAAGGAAUAGACGAAUUCAAAGUGGAUAAUGAGACGUUAUUCCCCAUCAUAGCCGAAUUGCGAGUCAUUAAGACACCAGAGGAGAUUGGAGUUAUGCGCUACGUAUGCAAGGUGUCUUCAGACGCACACAAACAGGUGAUGCUAGUGGCCCGCCCUGGCCUGAUGGAGUACCAGUGCGAGUCCGUGUUCCUGGACCACUGCUACCGCGUGGGCGGGUGCCGGCACGUGUCGUACACCUGCAUCUGCGGCUCGGGGCACAACGCCGCCACGCUGCACUACGGCCACGCAGCCGCGCCCAACUGCAAGAUGAUCCACGACGGGGACAUGUGCCUGUUCGACAUGGGCGGCAACUACGCGGGCUACGCGGCGGACAUCACCUGCACGUUUCCGGCUAACGGCAAGUUCACGCCGGACCAGAAACUAAUAUACGAAGCCGUGUUGGCUGCCAGAGAUGCUGUUUUGAGAGAAGCCAAGCCGGGCGUCAUGUGGCCAGACAUGCACCUGCUGGCCAACCGCGUCAUGUUGGCGCAUCUCAAGCAGGGCGGGCUGCUCAAAGGAGAGGUCGACGAUAUGAUCAAGGCGGGCGUGCACGGCGUGCUGCAGCCGCACGGGCUGGGCCACCUGCUGGGGCUGGACGUGCACGACGCGGGCGGCUACGGCGCCUGCGCGCCGCCGCGGCCCGCGCCGCCGCUGCACCGCCUGCGCACGGCGCGCGCGCUGCGCCCGGGGAUGGCGCUCACCGUCGAGCCCGGAUGCUACUUCAUACCGCCGUUGCUAUCAGCCGCACAGAACAACCCCGAGCAGUCGGUAUUUUUCAACUGGGACAUGAUGCAGCGCUUCCGCGGGUUCGGCGGCGUCAGGAUCGAAGACGACGUGCUAGUCACCGAAACCGGCAUGGAGAACCUUACCUUCGUUCCCAGGACUGUGAAGGAGAUAGAAGAACACAUGGCGAAUGGUGCUAAUUACAAAAAAUAAUAAGCAACAUUAAUUUAUUUUUAAUUGCGACCAGCAUUGUAAAGUAUAUUGAUAUUUUUAACUUCAUUUAUAAGACAGAACCUUGUAUUUUUUAUUAAUGUUAUUUUGUUUGUUAUCUUAUACAUAUUUGAGCAAAAUAUCCUAGUUAUUUGUAGAAGCCUUAAUGUAGACUUUAUAUUUUUAAGGCUUCUUCAGUAAACAAAAAAAAAACAAUAUAUACACAUGUAAAUAUGUUGUUGAUUUACUGAUUUUAUUAUAAAUAUAAAAUCAUUUAUAACAAAA